UGUCCGUUACAAUGGCUUAGAGGGGCAGAUGUUGUCGAUAGUGAUGCGGGGAAAUCUCGUGAUGAAAGGCUGCUUAAAGGACCCAGAAGUCAAUGAGGAGUCCUUUGCCAAUGGUUGGUUUCGUUCAGGUGAUGUUGCGGUAAAGCAUCCGGACUCGUAUACUGAGAUCAAGGACGGAUCAAAGAACAGUGAUGUACACGUUGUAAAAAGACAGCACGGCAGGUCGGCAGCAUAGAAUUUCCCGAGUCUGAAAAGAAAAACAUCUCAAAAGUAAAAUGUCUCUUUCUUCGUACAAGAUUGUGAAGAACCUUUGUCUACAGAACCAAAGAAUUAUUUCUCGGGGCAAUGGUUUAUCAGAAUCACUCGCACUGACCGUCACCUGCAUCGUCCACAUCUUUUACCCAAUAAUCUCUCACUAUUAAGCAGGAGCAGCCAAUUCGUCUCUUAUUGACCAAUAAAAAGGACUCUUUGAGAACUCAAAACCCCCUCUCACCUAAUUCGGUAAUCAUCGCCAGCUGAGCUAAGUUUUCAGCCCUUCGAUCGCUUUUGGUUGAUGAUUGCGUACUUCAAGCUGCUUGUUUUGGGGGUUUGAUUGAUGGAAUUAUAGGCUUACGAGAUUGGUGAUUUUCUUGGGGGGAUUUUUUUUUGGUUGAAGAUGGAAAGUGCGGGUUUGGGUCAGCUCACGGGCUCGGAGAUUCAUGGGUUCCAUACGACGAAAGAAUGCAACUCUCUGCGGAGAGAAUGUGCACGUCACAAUGGUUGAAAGGACGGUCUGACUAUAGUAAAAGUGGUCCAAGAAUAAGCAGAAUGCUUAGUGCUUGGUUGUAGUUAAGAAUAAAGAAGAAUGGCAGCAUGGUGGUGUGCUGAAUUUUAAGAGAUUUUAUUCUGACAUGUGUUUUGACCCAAUAAAGGCAGCAUAGUGAUUUAGAUUUUGGAAACAUAAUGAAGGAAGCUGGAAUGAGAUGGCUCCGCCCAAAUGAGAUUCACGCGAUACUUUGUAACUACAAGUAUUUCAGCAUUAAUGUGAAGCCAGUAAACUUGCCCAAAAGUGGUACUAUUGUAUUGUUUGAUCGUAGAAUGCUUAGGAAUUUUCGCAAAGACGGUCAUAACUGGAAAAAGAAAACUGAUGGAAAGACCGUUAAGGAAGCGCAUGAACGCUUGAAAGUUGGUAAUGAAGAAAGGAUUCAUGUAUACUAUGCACGUGGUAAAGAUAAUCCAAACUUUGCUCGCAGAUGUUAUUGGCUGCUUGACAAGUCUCUAGAGCACAUAGUCCUUGUCCACUAUCGUGAUCAGGAGUUGUUGGGCUCUCCAGUCACACCUGCCAACUCAAAUUCUACUUCUGCUUCUGACAACUCAACUCCUUCGCUUUUAUUGGAAUUUGAUUCUGGAGAUGGUCAUGCAUUUAAACAAUUAGAGCCUCGUGAUAGUUUAACUGUCAGAAGUCACGAAAUGAGGCUUCAUGAGCUCAACACACUUGAAUGGGAUGAGCUGGUUGCAAAUGAUGCUAACAAUCACACAACAUCUAAUGGAGGCAAGGUUCCAUAUUCAGGCAUGCAGAAUCAAACUACAUUUUGCGCGUCCAUGAAUGAUGGUAGCCGAGUUCCAGCCUACAAUUUAUUAACUGAAAUUUCUUUACCGGGUAAUUUAGCUCAGCCAGUAGCUAGCAGUGAAAGAAAUCAAUUCAAUGUUCCGGAUAGUAUUAACAGUCAGACAAUAUGGGGUCAAGUUAACUCGAAUGCGCAGAGAAGGAAUUCUGGUGCUGUGGAAGCUUGUGAUUCUAUGGAUAAUUUGGUCAAUGAUGGUUUGCAAAGUCAGGGCAGUUUCUGUAGGUGGAUGAAUGACAUCAUAAGUGACUCUCCAGGCUCAGUAGAAGAUCCUGUGCUUGAAUCUUCAUUUUCAUCUGGUCAUGAUUCAUUCAGCCUUCCUAUGAUGGAUCAACAUCAUUAUUCUGAGACAGAACAAAUAUUUACCAUAACCGAUAUCUCGCCUGCAUGGGCAUAUUCAACUGAAAAUACCAAGAUCCUAGUCGCUGGAGUUUUUCAGGAGCAGUACCUACACCUGGUGAAGUCCAAGUUAUUUUGUGUCUGCGAUGGAGUUUCUAUUCAUGCAGAAAUUGUUCAGAUAGGGGUUUAUUGUUGUUUUCUGCCUCCUCAUUCCCCUAAUUUAGUAGAUCUCUAUAUGAGUCUUGACGGCCAAAAACCCAUUAGCCAAAAUGUGAAUUUUGAUUAUCGUGCUCCUUCACUGCCUGAUCCAAUUGUGUCAUCAGGGGAGAAGACCGAGUUGGAAGAGUUCCAGGUCCAAAUGAGGCUUUCUUAUUUUCUUUUCUCGACAUCUAAAAGUCUUAACAUCUUAAAUAAUAAAGUGUCACCAAAUGCCCUGAAAGAGGCUAAAAAGUUUUCCAGCAAAACCUCUUCUAUUGCCAAUAGUUGGGCAUAUAUGAUCAAGUCAAUUGAAGACAACAAAGUUUCACAUUUGCAAGCAAAAGAUGUUCUGUUAGAAGUCACAGUGAAGAAUAAACUAAAAGAAUGGUUGUUGGAAAGAGUAGUUGAAGGCUCUAGAAUGACUGAAUAUGAUGCUCUAGGUCAAGGAGUAAUCCAUUUGUGUGCCAUACUUGGAUAUACAUGGGCUGUAUAUCUAUUUUCUUUGUCCGGCCUAUCCCUGGAUUUCCGUGAUAAAUUAGGAUGGACAGCUCUUCAUUGGGCAGCGUAUUAUGGAAGGGAGAAAAUGGUUGCAAUCCUUUUAUCAGCUGGGGCAAAGCCAAACUUGGUCACAGAUCCCACUCCUGAUAACCCUGGUGGAUGCACUGCUGCUGAUCUUGCAUCUAUUAAGGGUCAUGAUGGCUUGGCGGCUUAUCUGUCAGAAAAGGCUCUGGUUGAACAUUUCAAGGAUAUGUCUGUGGCCGGAAAUGCUAGUGGCACAUUACAAAUCAGCGCAAGUGACGUAGUAAACUCUGAAAACCUCACUGAGGAUGAGCUAUAUCUGAAGGAUACUUUGGCGGCAUAUCGUACAGCUGCUGAUGCUGCAGCACGUAUACAGGGUGCAUUUAGGGAGCACUCUUUUAAAGUAAGGACUAAAGCAGUUAAAGUUUCAAAUCCUGAAGAUGAAGCACGGAAUAUAAUUGCAGCGAUGAAGAUCCAGAAUGCCUUCCGCAACUUUGAGUCACGAAAGAAGAUGACUGCUGCUCUUCACAUCCAGCAUAGUUUUCGUACUUGGAAAAUUCGUAAAGAAUUUCUGAAUAUGCGUCGUAAAGCAGUCAGAAUUCAGGCUGCUUUCCGGGGAUUCCAAGUAAGGAGGCAGUAUCGUAAGAUUAUCUGGUCAGUUGGAGUGCUUGAGAAAGUAAUUCUGCGCUGGCGUCUAAAGAGAAAAGGUUUCCGGGGAUUUCAGAUAGACCCUAUUGAGACAAAUGUAGACCAGAGUCAUGUAAUUGACCCAGAAGAAGACUUCUACAGAGCCAGCCGCAAACAAGCUGAAGACCGUGUGGAGAGGUCUGUGGUUUUUGUGCAGGCCAUGUUCCGCUCGAGGAAAGCUCAACAGGAGUAUCGAAGAAUGAAGUUGGCUCAUAGUGAAGCAGAGCUUGAAUACGAGGGGCUUCUCAAUGGUGAUACUGGUAUGUACGGUUGAAUUCGAUGUGGUUGAGACAGCCAUAGCCAUUCCAUAUGAUGUUAGUGUAAUAAUGAGUUAAUGACUGACCCAGACUUUAUUUAGCUAUCCAUGGCCGCAAAUGCCAGAAUUAGUUUAAUGUAAUUGUGCAUUUCUGACCCUCUGAAACAUUUUAAAGAUUUUGAAGGGUCCUCUUUGGGAUGUCACAGCAAGUGUAAGUUUGUUUACAAUUGGAACCUUCGUCAUGAAUCUGAAGGCAACCGUAUGUCGGGGGAUUCUUCCAUCAAUGAUGCAGCUCUCUUGUGCGAGUUUUCUUUUC